AAACACAAAACCCUAACGACAGUGAAGUUUGUAUUUAUUUAAGCCUCUGCCUCCAACAAUUAGGGUUUCUUGGUUCAGACAGAAGAGUGUAUUCAUUCUAUCUUCAGAGAGAGAAGAGAACCCUGACGCCGCGCCACCAUGGUUGCCGCCAAGAAAACCAAGAAGACCCAUGAGAGUAUUAACAACAGGCUCGCUCUUGUUAUGAAGAGUGGCAAAUUCACUUUGGGUUACAAAACGGUUCUCAAAUCCCUCAGAAGCUCCAAAGGGAAACUGAUCAUCAUUGCCAACAAUUGCCCACCGUUGAGGAAGUCUGAAAUUGAGUACUAUGCUAUGUUGGCGAAGGUCGGAGUUCAUCAUUAUAAUGGAAAUAAUGUGGAUUUGGGCACUGCUUGCGGCAAGUAUUACAGAGUGUGCUGCCUGAGCAUCAUUGAUCCUGGUGAUUCGGAUAUUAUUAAAACAUUGCCUGGCGACCAGUAAAGUUGUAUCAAGUCUUUAUAAAACUGUGAUUGUUUGACAUUUGCUGUUUUCUGUUGAUUCAGACAUUGUCAAAAGAAAAUUGAAUAUUGGUUUAAAUGAUCUGGUAGCAUGUAUGGUUCAUGUGUUUGGUAUCUUCAAGCGAAAUUGAUUGAGAAUGCAAUUUUUUCCCUUAAAA